AUGGUUGCUGGCUAUGAAACAACAGCAACAACACUUGCUUAUAGUACAUACGUUUUGGCUAAAGAGCCUCUCGUUCAAAAGAAACUUCAAGAUGAAAUAGAUAAUUAUGAUGAGAACAAGAAUGAAUAUGAUCAAGUUCACAAUAUGAUCUAUCUCGAUUGGUUCAUACGUGAAGUUUUACGAAUGUUUCCUGGUGCACCUCAAGCCACGACGAGAGAAUGCAAUACUACUACCGUCGUUUGUGGUCAUACAAUAGAUGAAGGUCAGAUGUUUAUAAGUAAAAUCUACUUUAUUCAUAUUUUUACAUUAUUUAAAGGCAGUGUCAUUCAACCGGAUGUAUUGUCUAUUCAUUAUGAUCCGGAUUUAUGGGGUCCCGAAGAUCCAAACAUAUUCUUACCUGAACGACACUCAACUCCAAGACAUCCUGCUGCUUUUAUACCAUUUGGUCUAGGUCCUCGUAAUUGUAUUGGGAAACGAUUUGCUUUGAUGGAAAUCAAAAUGUGUUUGGCACGUCUACUUCGACAAUAUUCGAUUCAUCCCGGUGAUCAAAUGGAAGAAAAAUUCGAACUAAAAGAUACAUCUUUUAUUCUGCAUCCAAAAGGUGUCUAUGUGAAAAUUGUAAAACGCUCGUAA